AUGAGGCCCGAAGACAACGCGGGACGGAUCCAUAAGACUCCCUUUACCAUUUCCACCUCGUUUUUUUUUGGCCUUGCGGUGAUCGGUGUUGCUCUGAGAUGCUUCAUCCGCUUUCGGGUUCGCAAGGACCGGUUCGCGGUUGAUGAUGCCCUACUACUGCUAGGGCUCGCCUUCUUGCUUGCUAGCAUGAUUGUCAUGUACCAGAAGGUCAUUGACCCGAUGUACCUCACAUAUGCGCUGGUGGCAGGCGUCGAGGGUGUUACGCCUCCGGUGGAUUUCCGACACAUGUCUUCACAAUACCACAUUUGGAGCACCAUCUGCCUCACAUUGGUCUGGCUCUCCUACAGCGCAGUGAAGCUUAGCUUUCUCUUCUUCUUUAGGACACUGAUAAAUCGCCUGCGUCCGUGGAUCAUCUACUGGUGGGUCAUAACGAUCGCCAAUGGCGCAGUUUUGACGUAUGGAUCCACGAUCUACUUCGUCACCUGUCCGUAUUUCUUCGACGACAGGGAACUGGAAUGUUCUACUGGAGAUCGCAAACAAGAUAUCGUUGUGCAGUCGCGCCUGCUCAUGGCUCUGGACAAUGUGGGCGACGUACUGAUCCUCGUUAUUUCCUUCUCCGUCAUUUGGAAGAUUCGGGUCCGCCUAUCGCAGAAGAUCGUUCUCGUCUGUUUUCUUUGUUUGACUAUUCUUAUGGUUGCUCUAUCUAUCAUUCGGGUCUGCGGUCUAGUCUACGGCGACAGCAUUGACUCGGUCUGGCAAACCUACUGGCAGUUCCUUGGAUCUGAAAUUGGGCUGUUUCUCGCCUCCGCGGUUGCUUUUCGGGCAUUUUUCAUGGCCCGCACUCAGCCCUCGAAUGCCGUCCCAUAUUCCUUGAAGCGGGUGUGGAAAAAUCCUCUCAGCGGACCAAACAGGCGGCGGCUUUCGGACACCUUACAAGAUUCCUGGUCCCGUAUGCCUGAGUCUGAACUGGGCUCUCUCUCACAGGUCGACCAUACUGGGCCGGACACGCGACAUGGGAUUGGGGCUUCCGGUCUAAGCGGGGACGAUUUGGAAACCAACUUGUGCAGCCAUCCAGCCAACAUAUUGCUGCCUGCAUGUAGGAAUGGGUCUGGCUCGCGGAACUCUGGACAGCUGGGGUCUAGAUCGUACCUCAGGACACCGAAUGAUUACCUGUAG